GCCGUAAUCGUUGCUUAAGCUCCCUAAUAUUACGAGUGGGUCGUCACUCUGAGGUUUGUGGAUUGACGAUGUUAAUUUUCAAGAGAUUAUGAUCCAGAUCAUAUUUUCUUGCAAUAUUAAGAUAACACGUGGAACUGGUUAUGGUUCAUUAGCCUGCAAGCAAGCUCACCACACGCGCGAACGACGAUGAGCGAGUCGGCUAAGGAAGCGAUCUGGUGAGAGGAGUCAGGUGAAUAGGCGUUCUCUCUUUCAGCAUCCUUGGUUCUCAACAGAUGCGGGCAAGUUUUAACCAGUGAGCGGGCUCACUUUUGAGUCACACGCGCGAGCGGCGAAGAGCGAGUCGGCUGGCCCAAAUAUGAGCCUACUCGAAGGCUAAUGUUUCAUUGCCACAGCAGAAAACAAUAUUCUCUCCUUUAGGAAUAUAUCUUCACGAUUAUGUCCUACACAGCUGAUAUGCCACAAGGUGUCCAAGAACAGAUUCUUAGUGAAAGCUUGGGCCAAUGGUUCAGUGCUGUUCCUCAGGCGGCAGGAUGCAGAUCUAGAAAACGACGCUCGUCUGAUCCGGUCAAAAAAGAAGUGAAAAAUAUAUCAGUUAGUUUUGUAAAGGGAGAGCACGGGGAUCCGUUGCCAUUUGAUGGAGCAGGGGGAUCAAUUGGUCAUGUAAUAUUCCCACGCAGCAACUCAAGCAGAUGGUUUGCCGAAGUUCAUUUUGAUGACGAUGAAACAUUCACCAAUGGAACAAGAGGCGGCAUCAACUUAGAAUGGCUGUCGUUACAUGAAUUUGCUCACGGUUUCGGUUUGAAACAUUCCAACGUACGCGAGUCCGUCAUGUACCCUUGGUACAAAGGUUAUAUCAAGGACAUCAAGCUUACCAGUUAUGACAUUCAAAACCUUCAGGCGCUUUAUGAAAAACCAACAACAGACCCUGAUACAACAACAAAAGCGACACCAAAAGUCACGACUCCACUCACCAAGAAGCCAGCUACAUCUCCUCCGAUUUUGGAUGUUUGUAAAAUGAAGAAGUUCGACUCAUUCCUGAUGGGUAUGGAUGGCAGAACGUACGUGUUCAGUGGGGAUUAUUUCUGGGUGCUCUCUGUUAGGCUCACCGUGGAAAGCGGCCCCAUAAAGAUAACUUCAAAGUGGAAGGAACUCAAAACACCCAUAGACAGCGCAUAUACAAACCGCGACGGAAAGACUGUGUUCUUUAAAGGAAACGAAUAUUGGAAGUAUAAUGGCUACAUACUUGAGAAAGGACCCGGCGACAUCAGUCAAUACGGCCUACCAUCCUCACUGCGUCACCCUGAAGUCGCUUUUGUUUGGGGAGGCAAUAAAAAGACGUAUUUCUUCAAAGGAAAUAACUAUUGGCGUUACAACGAGUUCAAGGGAGCUGUUGACGACAAUUACCCAAAGCCGAUCGCUGUGUGGGGUCUCCCGCAUCACAUGGAUUCUGCCAUGACCUGGAGUGGGAACAAGAGAACCUAUUUCUUCAAAGAUGGCGAAUACUGGAGGUUUGAUGACGGCUGGUUUGAGCUUGAGAAAGGAUAUCCACGUAGCAUCGCCUCCAUUUGGAUGAAAUGCUAAAUUUCCAUUCAUAGAUUCAGUGGAUCUUCAAUUUCCUGUUUGGAAAAUCUACGGAGAUUUAGGUUUACACUAGAAUUAGUUCCACUAAUCGCGAGGCUGAUCUCACUUAUGACAAAGGUUAUCUUUAUGUAUAGAUGAUUUGCCUUGAAGUUUUAUUAAAAAUGUUUAAUUUCUUGAAAUAAAACUUGUGUCGUUACUCUCUCGUAUACCCAUAAGACCACCAGAAACCUUUACUAAGCAGGAUGUCUUCUGCAUUUUCUCCCAAAAUAAGAAAAUAACUCUCAAUCCUCCACGAGCGCUGAUUUAUAACUUCUGAUUUUAGCCAAAAAAUUCAAGAACCCAACCAUCUCAGGUAGAAUAUCUUAGAUGUAGGGCAAAACAAUUAAACGCAGAACGGGACGUGUCUCGGAAAAUACUAGCGUCCUUCGCAGAUGCCGUUUGGCCGGGUCGUCACACCAUCUAGCUUUCCAGGCAAAAGAUGUCAGUGUGGGAGGUUAUGAAAAUACAAGUAACAGCCUAAGUUGAGGGUGUUAAAGGCGCAGUCUAAAUCCCGUUUCAUGAGAAAUUAUAAAGGUAUUUUCACGAUCCACGGAAAAUGAAAUAGAAAUUACACUUAUCACGAAAAAAAAAGAGAAAUUUUUCACUGGAACUUGCAAAAUUAUUGAGAUUUUUUUUGAGUAAAUGUCCAAAGAAUAACCUCG